UCUUAGACGUUACGUACAUGACAGACAAAAAUCCAAUGAAACGAGAAGAAGUUGUCGAUUUUAUGAAGAUUUAUGAGAUUGAUUUUAGUGGGACUGUAAAUAAAGUCGUAACAGAAACUCAUACAAAAAUUAAACGACACAAAAAGACAGUAUUGCCUCAAACAAAUGAUAUAAAAGUUCUAUAUAAUCAUUUAAAGAAAACAAUGGAAGACAAUUAUAAUAUGUUAUUAAAACAAUUUUCAUAUCAAACAUGGAAAUCAUUAGCUGAAGCAACACUCUUAGCUAUUCAAGUUUUCAAUCGUCGCAGAGCCGGCGAAACUGAAAGAAUUUUAAUUGAAGAUUUUAAAAACUAUGAAUGUCCCUGCGGAACAGCUGCUACUUGUAAAACUUCAACACAAAUCAGUACUCAUAACUAUGUUAGGUUUAAAAUUCGCGGGAAACUCAAUCGAACAGUACCAGUGUUAUUAAAUGCACAAAUGUUAAAAAGUAUACAAAUUUUGCUACAGUUUCGGAAACACGCUAUGGUAUCAGCAAAGAACCCUUUCUUGUUUGGAUUACCCGGUGGUGAUAAUAAAACAAGUUACAAACAUUUAAGAGCUUGUAAAUUAAUGCGAGAUUACGCAAGUGCAAGUGGAGCGAAAUAUGUUUCCGCACUUCGUGGUACUACGUUGCGUAAACACAUAGCAACGAAAUGUGUAGAUUUAAACUUGUCGGAUAGACAAGUAACGAGAGUAGCAAACUUCAUGGGUCAUCAUGAACACAUACACAAAGAAAUUUACCGACAACCUGUUGCUAAAGUCGACAUAUUAGAAAUGUCAAAGAUCUUAGAAAAGGCUCAAGGUGCGGAUAUAAUAAGUUCUAACGAAGCUGAUUCUACGUACAUUGAAAAAAGCCAUUCUUCUAGUAAUCAAGAUAUUUCACAGAGAUUUGAUGACAGUGAAACAUUUGCAGAGAUCUCAAUAGAAACACAACAAAAAAAGAGCCUACAAAAAGAAAACACACAGAGAAUAGAGCAAAAAGAAGAUACGCAAAAUAGAAAAAAACAUAGCAACAUAUUAACAAAUAUACAAAAUAUACAAAAAAAAGAUAAAGGAAAAGGUACAUUUUAAUCUGGCUAAUUAUUUACUAAUGUUUGCUCUAUGUAAUAGUUUUUUAAAAUAAUAUUUAGAGUAAAUGUUUAAAUAUAUUCUAUCUAAAAUCGU